AGAGAGGAGCCGUCGCCGCCGGGGUCUGACAGGAGUCGUGGCCGCCAUCAUGGUGCUGGACCUGGACCUGUUCCGCGCCGACAAGGGCGGCGACCCCGCCAUGGUGCGGGACAUGCAGCGCAAACGCUUCAAGGACCCGGCGCUGGUGGACGCGCUGGUGCGGGCCGACGGCGCCUGGCGGAGGUGCAGGUUUCGUGCCGAUAACUUGAACAAGCUGAAGAACCUGUGCAGCAAAACGAUCGGAGACAAGAUGAAGAAAAAAGAGCCAGUGGGGACAGACGAAUCUGUACCGGAGAGUGCACAGAACCUCGACGAGCUCACUGCUGACGUCCUGGGGACUCUGCAGGUAUCCCAGAUCAAGCAAGUCCGUCUCCUCAUCGAUGAAGCCAUCCUCAAGUGCGACGCCGAGCGCGUGAGGCUGGAGGCAGAACGUUUUGAGAGCCUGCGGGAGAUCGGGAACCUCCUCCACCCCUCGGUGCCCAUCAGCAACGAUGAGGAUGUGGACAACAAGGUGGAACGGGUCUGGGGCGACUGCAGCUGUAGGAAGAAGUAUUCCCACGUAGACCUGGUGGUGAUGGUGGAUGGUUACGAGGGAGAGAAGGGGGCUGUCGUAGCGGGCAGCCGGGGCUACUUCCUUAAGGGUCCCCUGGUGUUCCUGGAGCAGGCCCUGAUCCAGUAUGCCCUGCAGAGCCUCCGGGCCAAGGGCUACACUCCUGUCUACACCCCCUUCUUCAUGCGGAAGGAGGUGAUGCAGGAGGUUGCCCAGCUCAGCCAGUUCGACGAGGAGCUCUACAAGGUGAUUGGCAAAGGCAGUGAGAAGGCUGACGACAGCUCCAUUGACGAGAAGUACCUGAUCGCCACCUCGGAGCAGCCCAUCGCUGCCCUGCACCGGGACGAGUGGCUGAAACCGGAGGAUCUGCCCAUCAAGUAUGCGGGGCUGUCGACCUGCUUCCGUCAGGAGGUGGGCUCGCAUGGCCGCGACACCCGCGGCAUCUUCCGCGUCCACCAGUUCGAGAAGAUUGAGCAGUUUGUCUACGCCUCGCCCCAUGACAACAAGUCGUGGGAGAUGUUUGAGGAGAUGAUGGCCACGGCCGAGGAUUUCUACCAGUCCCUGGGCAUCCCCUACCACAUCGUCAACAUCGUCUCGGGCUCCCUCAACCACGCUGCCAGCAAGAAGCUGGACCUGGAGGCCUGGUUCCCUGGUUCUGGUGCUUUCCGCGAGCUCGUGUCCUGCUCCAACUGCACUGACUACCAGGCACGACGCCUGCGCAUCCGCUAUGGACAGACUAAGAAGAUGAUGGACAAGGUGGAGUUUGUGCACAUGCUGAAUGCCACAAUGUGUGCCACUACCCGCACCAUCUGCGCCAUCCUGGAGAACUACCAGACCGAGGAGGGCGUCUGCAUCCCCGAGAAGCUCCGAGACUUCAUGCCCCCAGACCUGCGGGAACUGAUCCCGUUCGUGAAGCCGGCUCCCAUCGAGCAGGAGCUCUCCAAGAAGCAGAAGAAGCAGCAGGAGGGGGGCAAGAAGAAGCCAGGGGUGGGAGGUGAGCGGGUGCUGGAGGAGCAGAUGCAGAACAUGGGUGUCAACAGCGCCUGAGUCCUGCCCGCACCCCCCCUGCGCUCCCAGGGACCUUCGGGGCCUCCUGAAUCAUCACCCUGCCUUCAUCGCCGGCUGGGGCUGCGCCCAUCACCUUUGCUUCAGGGCCCGUCUGGGGCAGGGAGCUGCCGGUCACCGCCUGCCCACCUCCCCCACGCUCCUACGGCCAAAGGACUGACGCUAUCGGGGCUCCGGCCACCCCGUGUCCCCCUGAGUGGGGCUGGGGACCCCCCCACGCCCUGGCCCCUUCACGGACACGGAAAGUGUCCCCUCCCUCCAUCCAAUAAAGCCAAGAACUGCU